CGUUAUGCUUAAGAAUUUCUUAACAAUGAUAACGUAAGUCUUGAAUCAGUUGAUCUAUCUCGUCUGUAGAAUUACAUUCCCCAGAAUCCACUUCUUGUAGUCCAUGUCAGUAUCAAGAAAGACCUCGGUUUGUUAGGCUUUUUCACUGCUAAAUACUUGGCUCGUGGGUGCGACCGACACCUUUUCAUUGUGGUUGACCUUUUGUGAUAUUUUUGUAUCCUAACAAAACAACUUUCUGUAUGUAUUUCAUUAUCGGGUUACAUAAACUGAAAAAAGAUCUUGACGACACUAUUUUUAUUUUAUUUAGUAAAAUUGUGGUAGAAAGUAGGUAACAAUUUUUUGUGAGUGAAAUAGAUAGUGGUUUAACUUCAAGAGAGUUAUCUUCUGUAUUACGUUUUAGUGUAUCGAAUGGAUUUUACUUUGCUCAGAAAAUGGUUAUUAAAUCGUUAGUUCUUCUGGUAACAACUGCUUCAUUAAUUAACUCCAAAGAAUAUGUGCCAUGCCAAGAAAUAUCGCAAACACUACGGUUUCCAUGCAAAUGCGCUUUGGGACCGGUUGAAGAGGUCCUUAGUGGCAAUCCAUCUUUGUCAGUUAACUGUGACAGAAUAGUGUUUCCGCUGGACAUGCCAUUUCUACCUUAUGGAACUCCAGUGGUAAACUUCAGCCAAAAAUAUGCCGGACAUCAUUCAUUGCCAAGCCAUAUAUUCACAGCCAGUCUACCUCUAAGAUAUCUCGACUUAUCGCACAAUUAUCUGCGAAAAUUAAUGGACAAAAUGCUGAGCACUAUUCAAAAUACUUUGAUUGAAUUGAGGUUACAAUCAAAUCUACUGGGUGAUACACUUAAUCCAAUAUUCUCGACCAGCGAGUUUCGGGGUCUCAAAUAUCUGAACCUUCUCGAUUUAAGCAGCAAUGGAAUUAAAGCUAUAGAAGAAGGCAUUUUGGAUGGUUGUGACAAAUUGCAGGAAUUAUACUUGGAUCACAACGACUUCCAAUUAAUUCCGAGCACCUCCCUUAAUGGCCCUAAAUCUUUAAAAGUAUUGUCACUGAGCAACAACAACAUAGAUUCGAUCAAAGUGGACACGUUCAUCUCUCAGCCAAACUUGGAAACAAUUGACUUGGGACAUAAUUUAAUAUCAGUAAUAGAAAACGGAGCCUUAAGUAAAUUGGAGAAUAUAAAAACUUUAAAACUAUCUCACAACAAAUUAUCGAAAUUCAAUAGCGACGUUUUCGUUGGAGCAGAAAGUCUGCUUGACUUAGAAUUGUCUGAAAAUUUUAUGACGGAAUUUCCAACAGAAGCCAUCAAGAUUUUUGAACAUUUGAAAUAUCUCAAUCUGUCGUCAAAUUUGAUUCAGACUUUGGAUAAUAACAACUUGGCAUUUCUUUCCACUCUACAAGAGUUAGACUUAAGCCGAAAUAGUCUAACCAAUAUUGCUCCUGGGACAUUUCUGGGGCUGAAGAAUUUACAAAAACUGGACAUAAGUGUGAAUUCGUUAAGAAUGGUGGAAGACGAUGCAUUUGAAGGUCUGGAUAAUCUAGAAUAUCUGAAUUUAAAAGAUAAUAACAUUUUGUUAAUCCCUGCAUCGGCUUUGGGUAGACUUCCACGACUAACUUCUCUCCAGUUGGAUUACAAUAGAAUAACAGCCUUGUCCAGUGAAAUAUUGCAUUCAAUUGCAGAACGAGUAACAAAGCUCGUGAUUUCCAGUAACGUUGUUAGAGAGCUUUCCAGUGCAACGUUUCAAAAUUUCAGAAAUUUAAAAAACUUGGAUCUAAAAAGAAACUGGAUAACGAGUUUAUCCGCUGAUGCAUUUGUUGGGCUUGAAGACUCAUUGGAGCAUCUCGAUUUAUCCGAAAAUAAAAUCAUGACUUUCCAAAAACCUCCUUUACCUUUCAACGCGCUUAAAACUUUAGAUUUGAGUAACAACUAUUUGGAAGAGUUGCCGAAUGCACCAUUUAAUUUCUUAUCUUCCCUUAAAGCACUGAAUUUGAGUAAUAACUUUCAUUUAUCUAUUCUACUAGGAACUACUUUAAAUGAAUUAAAAGAAAUUGAGGUAAUUGACUUUAGUUAUUGUGGAUUGCAGUCAAUUUCUCCAGAACUGUUUCAGAAAUCCAAUUCAUUAAUCGAAAUUUAUAUUGGUCAUAACAAUUUCUCAGAAAUACCUAGCAAAACUUUUGUGAAUAUGCCAAAUCUAACAGUUGUUGAUUUAUCCCAUAAUAGAAUAACAACAAUAAAGCAAGAGGCGUUUGCAUUUGUGAUGAAUAUCAAGCAGCUUAGCCUCAAAGGAAAUCGACUUAGAUCAUUUAAAGGAGAAUAUUUCAAUACUGGCACAAGUUUAGAGCUCCUAGAUAUAUCAAAUAAUGAGUUAAAUUACCUAUUUCCUUCAUCGUUCAGAAUUCAUCCUAGACUAAAAAAGAUUAUCGCCAACAGCAAUAAACUAAUUUUCUUUCCAGCUGAAUUAAUUGCAAAUCUGCAAUUCAUAGAAUAUAUCGACUUGUCUUUCAAUAUGCUGAAGGCAAUAGAUGAACUAGAUUUUGCCAGAUUACCCCGCUUAAGAGUUCUAAUGUUAUCAAAUAAUAAUCUUGAAAACUUAAGUGAGAUGGCGUUUCACAAUAGUACCCAAUUACAAAGACUUGACUUAAGUGCCAAUCAAUUGGAAAGACUCGGUGACCGAAUUUUUGAAGGUUUGAUCAGACUGGAAGAACUUAAUCUGGCCAACAACUACCUUGUUGAUUUACCGGAAACUAUUUUUGAACGAGUAAAAUUGCAAAUGCUUAAUAAAAUAAUUCUGUCGCGAAACAAAUUCGUAAAUGCUCCCUUUAAAGCACUCCAACGCCAAUAUUUAUCUUUGAAUGAUGUCGAUUUAUCACAUAAUAAUAUCGAGGAAAUUCCGGAAGACAAUCAUAUAAUGGUCAAUAUUAAAAAACUCGAUUUUUCCUUCAAUCCCCUGUCCUCUGAAGCAUUAGCCAAUAUUAUCGGAGAGCCAAAAACAGUAAGGAGUUUAAAUCUGGCUAAUACGGGAAUCUCAACAUUAUACAGACUGGAAACACCGUUUUUGAAGCAUCUGAACUUAUCAUACAAUAAUAUUUCAAAAUUGACUGGUGGCAUGUUUGAAAGAACUACUUUAUUGGAAACUCUGGAUUUGUCUAACAAUGAAAUUGCGAGCAGUAAAGAUUUCUCCAAUAUUUGGAAAAUGUUGCAAAGUUUGAAAAUGUUGAACAUAUCUAAUAAUGCAAUUGAAGGAGUAUCAAAUGCCGAUUUUGAAGGAUUAAGUACUUUAAGAUAUUUGAGCAUUCAUUCUUUAAAAGAAUGCAGUAAAAUUGAAAAAACGAGUUUCAAGAAUGUACCCAAUCUAGUCGAGUUGAACGCUUACGGAUACCCGAAAAUUGGAUAUCUUGAUGUAAACGGAAUAUUGCAAAAUAUGCCACUAUUAGAAAAACUGAAUAUCGAAACCAAAGAUGCAGCCAUAGGUAAAGACCAGUUACAAAUCAUGUCACAUCCAAGACUACAUGAACUUGGCAUUAGAGGAUCGAGACUCGGAAUUAUUUCCUCUGGAACUCUAUCGGGAAUUAAAGGUCCGAAUGUAUUAAUCAGCUUUAUAAAUACUUCCCUAACAUCCAUUCCACCCUCUCUCUUUUUCCCGGUCCCUAGAUCUUCAAAAACCACAUUAGAUGUGACCGGGAAUCAGUUAACUACGUUGAAUGUACAACUUUUAACAACGUUAGAAGAUAGAAGAGGAGAUUUGCAGCUGACUGGAUUACAAUCCAAUCCCAUAAAUUGCGAUUGCAAUUCACGGGCUUUGAGAAGAUGGCUGCCCUCGCACAUGAUGACUGUAAAGUGUUCAAGCCCAGCAUAUUUAGCUGGCAAAUAUCUGGCUGAAAUUGGUGAUGAUGAACUAACAUGUGAUCCAAAGAAGAUACUUCAACAAUCCACGACCCACCCAACAAUGUCCAGUUUAUCUGACACAACCAGUUUGCAAAAGAAACCCACAGAAAUGGAUAUAAUUUGGUCAACGCCAGUAACGGAUAAAAUUGAACAAAAAGUAAAAACUGCUGCAAAUGGCCUGUCUACUUUGAACAAUGAUGAUACGCUGAUCAUUGGUAUCGUGGGUGGUGUGGUAGCUUUCAUUGCCAUUCUCAUCAUAGUGAUUUGUAUUAUAAGAUUACGUAUGGGGAGUACUGAAUAUAGAGGCGGGCCCGUGACCCGAGGCUCAAUAAUCGCUCCAGGUGUAAUUGGAUCAGGCAGCAGUUGUGCUUGCAGCAUAAAAGGGGGGCCACCUGCUUCACUGGGAACAGCUUUAUAUGCUAUUCCACCAAGCUACGCCGCCACGUUACCCCAUAAAAUGGCGCCUAUGCAUCAAGGUAUGCGUGUAUCAUCUGCCAUGAACUCAACAAUGGGAAUAGGACCUUAUUACCAACAAAGUAACGUCCAGCCAUAUUUCAUAGCCACGUACCCAUCGGACGAAAAAAGCUACCGAUAAAAAUAACAAAUUUUUGUUGAGAAUUAUCAAUGAGAAUUAAGUCCUGUACUAAAUGUCUUAAUUAUGUUGGAUCAUAUUGAUCUUAG